AUGUCUAAACCCGGAGAUGUUUGUACUCCUUGCUUUGCAAGUCAUAAAACAAAACCUGCUGUACACUGGUGCCUAUCAUGUGAGGAAUCACUGUGUAGCAAAUGUGGUAGUCAUCAUAAAAUUCAAACAUCAACAAAAUCUCAUCAGCUAAAUUCACUCAGCGAUAUUUUAAUGUUGCCUUCAGUUGCUAUGACGAUUCGUCUCACGUGUAAACAGCAUGAUAUGAAACUUGAUGUAUUUUGUUCAGAUCAUAGCGAGCCCUGCUGUUGGAAAUGUCUUGCAGAAGAUCAUCCAAAAUGUCAACAAAAAGGUCCACUAGAUAAGGUUAUUAAAAAUGCCAAAACUUCUGAAUCUUUUAACACACUCGUAAAAAGCACGCAGGACAUUAUUGAAAUAACUGACAAUCUAAGAAAGAAAAAGAAGGAAAACUAUAAAAUGAUCGCAAUGCAAAAGAAUGAAAUGGAAACACAAAUAAAAGUUUUUAAAAAAGAUGUAAUAAAAUAUAUGGAAUCGUUUGAAAAAACUCUUCUGGAAAAUGUAACACAGACAUUCAGUGUCUGUCAGGUAGAAAUGCAAGGAACACACGACAAGCUGAAUGCUUUCUAUAAACAAUGUGUUGAUAUUGAUAAAAAUCUCACAAAUAUGAAACAAUUUGCUUCUGAUUUGCAAACUUUCCUCGGAGCCAGGUCUCUCCGUAGCAGAGUCGCGACUAUCGAAACUGGAAUUUUAGGAUUACGAAAACAACUUGGAGAUUACAAACUCGAAUUUGAAAGUCCUUUUAACAUCCACUAUUUCCAAUCAAUUAUGGCGUCGUUAGAAGACAUCAAGGUAGUACGCAAUGCAUACAAAAAAACUUUUAAAUUUCAGAUAGAAUCGCAUGCGCAAGCUAUACAACAACCACCAAAAGAGGAACCUCAAUUAAAUAUUAUUAACAAAUCAACAAUAUAUCCUGUGUCUAAAUCCCGGGUUUCUGGUGAUUUAUAUAACAGAUCUCAAAAUAUGUCUCUCAACCCAAAGCUUGCACUGGUGAUACAACAAAAAUUUGUACUAUCUCACACAAAAGACUACAUAAAUAUUAACGGCUGUGUCAUUCUGUCAAAUGGCGAUUUCUUAUUCACUGAUUAUGAUAGAAGUAGUCUAAUUCGAUACAGCAAUGACGGUGUUAAAACGAGAACUAUUAAGCUAUUUUCGAAUCCGUGGGGUGUAUGUGAAGUUCAAAACAACACUGUUGCAAUCAAUUUUCCAGCCCAAUGCACAAUUCAGAUAUUGGACAUUUCUUCACCGAGAACAAAAGUUAAGACUAGCUUCCAAACAGAAAAUAUCUGCUCUGCAAUUUCGUAUAACUUUUCAAAUCUUGUAACCGUCAUUAGGAGCAUUGGAAUUCAAAUGUAUGACGUAUCAGGAAAACUCCUUAACACAGUUAAAAUAGAUUUUAAUGACAUACGAGACAUUGCAAUUCAUUCUUCUAAAUUAUACUAUACAGACUGGAAAAGAGAUGACAUCGUUAAUUGUGAAAUGGAUGGGACAAUCUGCUGGAGAUUUGAACGACAAGAUCUGAAGUGUCCGAAUGGCUUAACUGUUGAUCAUGAUGGUAGUGUACUUGUUGUUGGAACAUCAUCGGGAAAUAUUCUUAAAAUUUCAUUCGAUGGAUCAUCAGCGAAGGAAAUUCUAAGAACCGAGAACUUUUUCAAAUCACCAACAGGCAUUUACCUUCAAAGAGAAAAACGGUUGAUUUUACUUUGA